AUGCCGCGGCUGCACUCGUCGCUGCUGCGGCUGCGAUACCCGAUGGGGGAGCGUGUCGCCUUCUACACGCAGACGUUGCUCUGCCGCUCUGCCGGAUCGUGCGAUGGCCUCGUGCUCGGCGCCUUUGGUUGCGGCGCGUUUGGCAACCCGCCCGACAAGGUGGCGCCCCUCUUCGCCGCGGCGCUCGCCUCGGGCGAGUUCCGCGGCGCGUUCGCGCAGGUUGCCUUUGCCAUCCUCGAGCCGAAGGGGUCGGAUGCGGGCAAUGUGGCCGCCUUUGAGCGCGCGCAGACCAUCUUCCGCGGCGUGCGGCUCCUCGUGGCGACGCGGCUGCGCAAGCAGGUGCAGGAGGAGGUGGUGCGGCGCGGCGGCGGGGCGGUGGUGGGCGGAGUGCACGAGGCGAUCGCACGCUGCACUCGAGUCGACCCGCCGCCGUUGACCGAAGAUCUGGUCUUCCUGGCCACCCUGCCGAAGGACAAGUGGCCGCGGCUCGUCACGCAGGAGCGGGAGUGGGUCGGGCAGUGCUCCAAGAUCCUCUCUGCCGACGGGGCGAGGACGGACGUGCUGCGCAAGCACCACCACCACGACCCGCGUGGCGCCGCCUAA